UAAACAGCGAAAAUACACAGCUGCAGUGAGACAACUAACAGUGACAGGAACAGCGCAACAACGCAUAUGUGCUUAAGUACAUUAACAUUUAUAUAUAGUGUAGUCAACAGUAGACGUUGUACUAGCGAAGUAUACGUUGAGGCAUAAAACAUGAAAAUUUCUAGUUGUACACAUCACCAACACAAACGACAAGCAGCACAAAAGCAACAGCAACAGCAACAGGAAGAGCAAGAGGAGAAAACGCAACGAAACAGCAUACUACAACGAAAUCAAAAAGUAGAACAUAAGCAAGAAAAACGUUGUAACGCCACUGUCGUGAUAAUUAAGACAGCGCGAAGCACUCAAACAAUAACAACAGCAACACAUAGCUUACGUAGUUUUCGUAGUCGUAAGUUAACAUACCUGUUGUGUCAUAUGCUGCUGCUGCUGUUAAGCCUGAUUGAGCCAACGCAUGGUGACUGGCUAAUGGACUGUGGCGACUGUCAUUGCAAAUGGAAUUCAGGGAAAAAAACAGCUGAUUGCAAGAAUCUAAGUCUCUCCUCAGUGCCAGAGAAUCUCAACACUGAAGUGCAAGUGUUGGAUCUUUCAUUUAAUCGCAUACCAUUUCUAGAGGAGAAUGCCUUUAUGAAUGCGCAACUCCUCAACCUACAUAAACUGUACAUACGUAACAGUUCGCUACAACAGAUCGAUCCACGCACAUUUACGCAACUCGAAAUUCUCAUCGAAUUGGAUGUGUCCAAUAAUCUCUUGCGCAGUCUACAAGCGAAUCUCUUCGCUCGGCUGGUUAAAGUGCGUGCAUUAGUAUUAAAUGGCAAUCUACUGGAAUCCUUAAGCGAUGGCAUUUUUCAAAAUCUGAAAUAUUUGCAUAAGAUUGAACUCAAGGAUAAUCGUUUGACACGUAUUAGCACACAAGUAUUUAUCAACGUGCCACUGUUAUCGCAGAUUUAUCUCAACGGAAAUCGAUUGAGCUUUUUGCGCAAAGAAAGUUUUGAAUCUGUGAAGCGCUUAACUGCACUCUCAUUAGACCAGAAUCCUUGGAACUGUACAUGUGAACUGCAGAUUUUUCGUGACUUUGUUUUAAAACGUAAUCUCUACACACCACCAACGGCAUGUUAUUUUCCCGUGCACUUACGUGGCAUGUUGUGGGUGGAGGAUCAACCGGAAGCGUUUGCCUGUAAACCCAAAAUCAUAUAUCCAGCACGCGGUGCUUCCAUCAAUACGUCAAAAGAAAAUGUUACAUUGGUUUGCCGAGUGCAUGCUUCACCUAACACACACAUAUCCUGGGAUUAUAACAAACAAAUGUAUCGCUCCAAUGCAGUGAACAGUGCACAACAACAACGCGUACACAUCCAACUGCUACGCGAUGAACAGUCCAAAGAGAAGGAGUUCGGACGUGAUGUGUUUAUUUCACGUUUAACUAUUAUUGGAGCCGAUAAAAACGAUGAGGGUAUCUACACAUGUUUAGCAGAGAACGCUGGUGGCAAAGAUGUAGUGCAAAUGAAUUUGCUGAUACAAAAGCCAGGGUCAAAGGACUUGUUAUUGCAGGGAAACUUAGUUAUUGUGAUUUGCUUAAUGGCUUUGGGAUUGCUUAGUGUGUCGGUGCUGCUCGCAUUGAUUACUUGUUGCAUUUACAAGCGUUUCAAGCAUAUUAACUCCGCGCAUCGACAUCAUCAUCAUCAUCAUUUGGAUGUUGCCGAUCAAUUAACAACUGGCCUCGAACAUACCACCACGACUGUAACGGGCGGCACUGAUGUUGUGCUUGGAGUGAGUGUUGAUGAGACAUCAACGGGCAAUUUCAAGCACCAUUUGCAAAAAACAAAUCUGAAUGGUGGCACUGGCGGAAUGGACAAAUACAGUGAAAUGAUUAAGCAUGGUGUUUCUGUGAUGGACAAUGGUUUUGUUAAUGUUGGUGCUGAUGGCGUUGAGCACCAUAAACUGCUGCUGAACGAUGCGAAAACAGGGCAUGCGGAAAAGGCGUAUUUGGAGCGAAGUACUAAAGAAACACUUCACAUAAAAUAUCCGCAUGGAUACGUGCAGACCGAAAUAAUACGAAAUACUUUAAGCAGCAGCACUGGGAGCAACAAACUAAGCAAUAAAAGGCAAACACAAGAUGCAAGUAAAGAUUUUGUCGGACGGACUGUUGAAUACCAACCGGAUCUGCUACCAGCACAUAGCACCAAAGUUAUUAGUAGUCAAGAAGGACAGCUUUAUAGUCCAAUAAAGUCAACGACAACAAUAAAUCUACAUGAGAAUGAACAUCAAUUGCAGCAACAACAACAUCAUCAUCAACAACAACAGCAACAUCAGCAGCAACAGCAACAGCAACAACAAUUACAAGAAACCAUUGUGACGACAAGCAACGCGCCAAAAAGUAAAUACAAUAGCAACGCUCAGGCAUACCUGCAAUCAAAAUAUAGCACGAUAGCAAAUACCAAUAAACUGAGUGAAAAGUUAACCAAGCGCGAAAUUCCAGGCAUACCACUAAUGACAUCAGCUUCACUAACAGCAGCUGGAUAUGCAAAUGCAACGACAGCAGCGGCGCAAGAAAGCGGUUUCACCACACGUCACAGCAAAUCACUGGCGUUGCCCGGACGCACCACUUCCACACCCACCGAAAAUAGUUACGAAUAUAGGCAACCACCACCUCCGCCAUAUAGUGCAGCACAUCGUGCAGCCGGCAGUCUGCUACUACAGCGACACACCAACUCCAACGAUGACAAGGAGAAUUGCAUCACAAAAGAUCAAGGCUAUCAGGAUUGUAAAGCUAAUGAUGUCGGAAAUGUUGGCACAACAACAGCAACAACAGUAACGGCUACGAGACAGGCAAUUGUGACCGCAUCACCAUCUUUGAAUUUCCUCACUACAACCGGCUAUACACCACGUCGACAAUUGCUGUGAUAGCAGUGACAUGAAGUGGCAUCAAACGAAGUGACGGACGAUAGUGAGAGUGAGGAGCUGUUGCAACUACUACAAUUGGAAUAUUAGCCUAGUUUGAAUAAUGCGGCUAAUACAAGUAUAAUUUAGUGCGUGUACUUCAACUGAAGAUAUUACAUUAUUGCCAGAAUUGAUUUCCCAGUAGCAAUAUAAGUGCGCCACUGGACGAGUAACUGUGAAUUACAUAUCUGUGUGAAGCAAUGCAUUGAAGUUAUGGUAAUUUGUUGAGCAUAAUAAAGCAACUUGUCGAUUACUAACGCCAUUUAAGUAUGUACUAUGGUAAUAAGUAAAAUUGAGGUCAGAUAUUUUGUAGUACUCCUAUAUAUACAUAUAGUAUAUAUCUACAAUUGAAAAAGUUGUAUGCCAAAUUGUUUCCGAAUGCAUGAUAAGACAUGCUGAUGUUGCAAUUUCAUGCAUUUGAACAUAAUUCAUAUUUGCAAUAAAUGCCAAUAAUAAUUUAUACUUGUAUAUAAAUAUCCUUGAGAAAAUGAGCAAUUGCAAUUUACAGCAUACACAUAUGAUAUGUUGCUUGUUCUAUUUAAUAAAUAACAAAUACUGAAGUUAGAUGCAUACGUGUAACUUACCUAUGUAUCUGGGAUAACGAAUGCAUUGAAGUUGAAACUAAAAUUAGUUGAUUGCGUUGGUAAGUAACCACGUACAUGUAUAAAUGUCAUAAGAUAUAAUCUUAAAGAGGUGUAAACUGAAUAGUUGAAUGUGAUCAGAAUGUAAGUGUAGCGCAUAUAUUUGUAAUAUUUCUUAAAGUCUAUAGGCAAUAAGUUAAAAAAGCAACUA